CGCCGGCCCGGAUGGUUCGCCGCUGGGCGCCUGGGGAGGCGCGUACGGCGGUGCGUACACCUGGGGCGAAGAAGAUGGGGGUACACGCAUAUAGCAGGGACCACCGCCCUCGGCUGCGGAAUUAGGAGUAAGAACGAUAGACACAAUACGCCGCAGGGACAGCAGGGGGCGCUCGCAAGCUUGGAAGGAGAGUCGGUCGUGCUCAUGCGUGGCGUCAUCGGCCGUCGCCUCUCAGUUGCCCUACGUCCCUACGCAGGCGCAGCACGAUUUCCGUUCGCCCCUCCCCAUACUCUGCGCAUGCUCCAUGGAGUCCAAUCCGAGGGGACUUCGUCAUUUGCUGGCCGAACGCGAAUUCGGACUUGAAUUCGCGCGUGUAUCUAUCUCGCGAGAUCGCAAAAAAAACUUCCUGAUACAGGACCGGCGAGCCCGCGAAAAGAGGGCUCAGGAGUGAGAUGUGGCCCCUCCGGGCUCCCGGGCGCUGGCGCUUGGCCCUGGCCUCCCUGCGCGGGGCCGCCCGGCCCUACUGCAGCUCUCAGGAAGCAGGCGGGGGCGGAGGGCCCCCGAAGGCCCUGGGUCUGCGCACCCGCCUGCUGGUGACCGGGCUGUUCGGGACCGGGCUGGCCGUGGCUUGGCUGUCGGCCCGGGCCGAGAAGGAGCGGCGGCAGCAUCUGCGGCGGAUAGAGGCGCUGCGCAGCGCGGCCGUGGGCCAGGGGGACUUUGACUUGGUGGACCACACGGGCCGCCCUCGCCGCAAGGCCGACUUCCGGGGCCAGUGGGUGCUCCUGUACUUCGGCUUCACGCACUGCCCGGACAUCUGCCCCGAGGAGCUGGAGAAGCUGGCCGGGGUGGUGCGCAGGCUCGAGGCGGAGCCCGGGCUGCCCCCCGUGCAGCCCCUCUUCGUCACCGUGGACCCUGAGCGGGACGACGUGGCCGCCGUGGGGAACUACGUGCGGGAGUUCCACCCGCGGCUGCUGGGGCUGACCGGCACCCCGGAGCAAGUGAGCCAGGCCGGGCGCAACUACCGGGUCUACUACAGCGCGGGGCCUCCGGACGAGGAUCAGGACUACAUAGUGGACCACUCCAUCAUCAUCUACCUGCUCAAUCCCGACGGCCUUUUCACCGACUACUACAACCGGAGUAAGACAGAGGAGCAGAUCACAGACAGCGUGCGCCGCCAUAUGGCCGCCUUCCGCAGUGUCCUGAGCUGAGUCCUCCGGCCCCGCCCCUUGGGAAUCGCCCCCCCACCUGCUGGUGACAUAAAGCCCCAAACCUGAUCGGUGCAGUUCUCUAGAAACCAGAUAUUUAUUCUGUGUAACAAUACUCUACAAUCGCUCAACAAGGGAGUGGGAAAUAAAGGUAUUUCUUCUACAAACAAA